CUAUCUUCAAUCCCCCACACCUUUUUUGCCGUUUACUCACUCAUUCACUCUGUAGUUGCUUUUUUUCUUGUCCCCUUCUCUGAGAUGAAAAAGUUUCAAGCUUUUGUGAUCACCAUUGUAUUCCUUGUUACACUAUUUCAGGGAGAAUUAGUAACAUGUAGCAGUAGCAGCUCAAGGAGUGAAGACGGAUCAGAGGAAUGGGGAUAUGUGGAAAUCAGACCCAAAGCUCAUUUGUUCUGGUGGCUUUACAGAACUCCAUAUAGAGUGGAUAAUCCCUCCAAACCCUGGCCAAUCAUUCUCUGGUUGCAGGGAGGACCAGGUGCUUCUGGAGUUGGGCUUGGCAAUUUUGGAGAGAUUGGUCCUUUGGAUGGCAAUUUGAAGCCCCGGAAUUUCACUUGGUUGAGAAAAGCAGAUCUCUUGUUUGUGGACAACCCUGUUGGAACCGGGUACAGUUAUGUUGAAGAUUCGGAUCUCUAUGCCAAAACAGACCAAGAGGCAACCACAGACUUGACAACCUUGUUAGCUGAAUUAUUCAACAAUGAUGCUAAACUCCAAAAGAGUCCUCUGUUCAUUGUGGCAGAGUCUUAUGGUGGCAAGUUUGCUGUAGCUCUUGCAUUAUCAGCUUUCAAAGCUAUUCAACAAGGAACAUUGAAGGCUACACUUGGAGGUGUGGCAUUAGGAGAUACCUGGAUCUCCCCAGAAGAUUUUGUGUUCUCAUGGGGUCCUCUACUGAAAGAUCUAUCAAGACUUGAUGACAAUGGACUGCAAAAGGCAAACAGUAUAGCUGAGAGGAUCAAGCAGCAACUUGAGGCAGGUCAAUUUGCUGAUGCGACUAACUCAUGGGCUGAUCUUGAGAAUGAGAUUAGCGCUAGCAGCAAUUCUGUGGAUUUCUAUAAUUUUCUACAAGAUGACAGUGAUUCAAACAGCAUAAACGCAAUGGAGCUGGGAUUAUCGAAAGAAGUGUCAAUUAUGCGAUACUCCAAGUAUCUUAAUGCAAAGAUUUCAACCCUUGGUAGUGAGGACGAUGAUCUUGAAAAAUUACUAAACGGUGUCAUCAGGAAGAAGUUAAAGAUCAUUCCUGAGAAUGUUACAUACGAAGUGCAGUCCUGGGAGGUUUUCGAAAGUCUUGUAGCUGAUUUUAUGAAGCCAAGAAUCAGUGAGGUUGAUGAGCUGCUGACACUGGGGGUCAACGUGACUGUGUAUAGUGGUCAAGUUGAUCUCAUUUGUGCAACCAAGGGAACAGAAGCUUGGCUUAAGAAACUGAAGUGGGAAGGACUUCAAAGUUUCUUGGAAAAAGACAGAACCCCCAUCUAUUGUGGAAGUGACAAAACCACCAAAGGGUUUUUCAAGUCAUUCAAAAAUCUGCAUUUCUAUUGGAUCCUUGGAGCUGGUCAUUAUGUACCUGUUGAUCAACCCUGUGUAGCACUAGACAUGGUGGGUGCAAUUACACAAUCACCAGCUCCUUGAACAUGCAGAAACGUAUUAUUAUGCACCCUAUGGAAUAAAUAAACUUUCUUUCUAUUAUUAAGCAAACAAUCUGUUGUAGUGCUCAUGAACAAAUAAAAAAGAUGUUAAAAAUAUAUGGGAUAGAAAUUGUUUGUUUGAAAAUAAAAAUAUUUAUUAAU